AACACCUCGUCCGUCUCCCCCAUGGCCAGAAACCUCUGCCUGGUGUCUUGUCUACUCGACAAUUGAAAGUCAGCAAGACUCACUGUAAAGAGGUGGGUCACGGUCCAAGCAAUCCACGGGUACCAAGCUGUGGGACGCGAGAUCCUGCGAAACGCUGGAAGCUGUCGGUUGUAAACCGGGAUACACACCCACGCGAUAUCCAAGGGACCUUGUGUUUGGCGAUCGAGACGAAGGCGCCUUGGAACAUUCGCCGGACGUGACGCUUUCUCCGCUACGGUGGUGACACAGAGACACACACAUUCUUGUCGAGUAGGAAUGCGUGCCUUUCAUCCUCACGGUACUAUGUUGUCAUCGUCCUCUCCACCGGAGCGCGGGACGACGGGGACGCCGGACACGUCUAUCGCCCCGACUUCCUGGAAUCGGGCGGGCUCGAAGCGCCCUAUCCAAAGCCGAUCCUCCAACGAUUCCGGGGAUUACAGUUCUUUGGAUUGUGCCACUUUACACCACAGCUUGAAACGCGUCAAACUCAGUUCCUCCCCGGGUGAGUUGUGUCUAAAUCGUGAUCUGCUCCAUUUGGUCCGACACGAAGGGUGGAGAGUCGCGAGCGUUUUCCCGCAUGUUUACAACGAUUCCCAACAACAACAACAACAACAACAACAACAACAACAACAACACGACGCUGACAACGAUGAUCGAUGGAUAUCUCCGUGCCAUACGCAACUCUUGACACGUCAGGAUCCCUUGCGUUUGGAAUGGCGAACCCAACACGUCCUCGUUGUACUGCAAAUUCCCAGACUGUAUCCUCAUCGACCCCCCACAGUCCGCAUUGUCCCCGGUGCCGAUUCACCAUCCCUUAACUGGCCACGGGACAUUGUUUGGGACGCGUCCGGUGUACCCCUGGACGUACAUGAAUCGACCGCUGGUGCACCGUUGUUCGCCCGGGAAUCAUCAUCAUCGGCUACUUUGCGUUUGGAAUGGUCCCCCAUUCAACGAUUGACGGACGUUAUGCGAACACUGCAACAAACACUUUGUUGGGGAGAGAAUACACAGUCACCGGGUCAACAACAUCAAGAUAAAAUCGAUAAGGAGCGGAACGAUAGGAGGAACUUCAACGUUAAUAACGAGGGAUCGGCAAAGCACCCUGGAGGUAACCCUUAUCACAAUGACGACAUGGUGAUGGAUCCACCCGAAGCUCACACGCACCGGCGUCGUUCCCCCGCGACUCUCCCUUCGACCACCAAUUCCGAUACUUGGUUGCCACCAAAUCGCUUCGAUUGGGGCUUUGAUCGACUUUACAAAAUGGAUCAAGACUAA